GAGUUAUCCUCCCUUGUGUCAAAUGGAGCCACUCUUAAGUUAGAAAUCUGAGCAGUUUUAAUCAAGCUGGGAAUUCCCUGGGCUCUAAUACCAAGGAGGUGGAUUUCGCUUUAAAGCAACUACAAGGAGAGACCUCCACAGAAAGUGAACAGGAAAGACCGUCCGAGCCCCGUCAUGGAUGACUAUGACAUCCGUUCCGCUGCCAGCAUUUUGGCAUCCGUUAAAGAGCAGGAGGCUCGUUUCGAGCGGCUCACCCGGGCCCUUGAAGAAGAGCGGCGCAAUGUCUCCCUGCAACUCGAGCGCGCCAAUCAGCCCUCGGACCGAGUGAGCAUGUGCAACAUUGGCAGCGGCCAGCCUCUGGCAACCGCCUGGCAGCAGCUUGUCCUGCAGGAGCAAAGCCCCAGCAACCAGACCUCCAUAGCAAUGAUGCAGGAGCCCCAAGAAAUGGUAGAGGAGACAGUUACCGUAGAAGAAGACCCAGGCACCCCUACCUCCCAUGUUUCUAUUGUGACUUCAGAAGAUGGGACCACGAGGAGGACGGAGACUAAGGUUACAAAAAUGGUCAAAACAGUCACCACUCGAACCGUACGCCAGGUCCCCCUUGGGCCUGACGGACUCCCGGCAAUGGACGGCUCAUCUCCCAUGGGAAGUUACACCGACUCUAUAGACCGAAGACACAUAAAGAACGGGGAACGGUACAUCACGCCACAAGCUUCUUCCACCUUGACCCGGUCGUACAACAGCUACAACGACUCCUACCCUGAUGGUCACGAUGGCCAAUACCGCCCUUUCAUGGGCCAUGACGGUUAUGGGGACCUCCCCGACAACUACGGUAGCUUGUCCCGUGGGGUCAAUUAUCGUCCGCGUUACGCCUACGUCCCUGGGAACAGUUAUCGGCCCGAGGAUGGGAGUUUCACUUUGCCAAGCAGAAGGGAUAACUAUGGCCCACUGCCCCAGCCCCAGGUGCCAACAGGAAGCAAUGCAGACUUGAACCGCUCCCAGCCAGAACGAUUCCAGCCGGAGCCGUACGGGCUUGAGGAUGAUAACCGCAGCCUCGGGGUGGAUGACGAGGGGUACGAACUCGAUCCAGAGUACUCGACGGUGAACCGGAGGACGUCGGCUGGAAUGCCUGAGAGAGGAAGACCUCACAAGGGGAGCAGAGGCUACGAUGAUUCUAUUGAGACCGACAUCGCUGACGAGAGGAUCCCAUACCUGCAUGGCAGUUACGCCGCGCCCUUGGCACAGCCUGAAAGGGGGAGCAUGGCCAGCAUUGACCGCCUGGGCAAGCGCUCCCCUUCCAUUGACAGCAUCCGCAAAGACCCCCGCUGGCGGGACCCCGACCUGCCCGAAGUCAUCGCCAUGCUCAGCCACCCCAUCGACCCGGUCAAGUCCAACGCAGCGGCGUACCUCCAGCACCUGUGCUACGAGAACGAUAAAAUUAAGAAGGACGUCAGGCACCUCAAAGGGAUUCCAAUCCUGGUGGGUCUGCUGGACCACCCGAAGCCGGAGGUGCACCGCAAAGCUUGCGGGGCGCUCCGAAAUAUAUCCUAUGGAAAGGAUAACGAGAACAAGGUGGCAAUAAAGAACUGCGAUGGGAUCCCGGGUUUGAUCCGGUUAUUGCGAAAGACGAACGACAUGGAAGUGCGGGAACUCAUUACAGGUACCCUUUGGAACCUGUCGUCCUAUGAGCCCCUCAAAAUGGUGAUCAUUAACCAUGGCCUUCAGACGCUGACCAACGAAGUGAUCAUCCCCCAUUCUGGUUGGGAGAACGAGCCAAAUGAAGACUCGAAGCCUCGAGACGCCGAGUGGACAACCGUCUUCAAGAACACAUCAGGAUGUUUGAGGAACGUCAGUUCAGAUGGCGCCGAAGCACGCAGGAGGCUCCGUGAAUGUGAUGGAUUGGUGGACGCCCUCCUUCACGCUCUGCAGUCCGCAGUGGGCAAGAAAGACACAGACAACAAGUCUGUGGAAAAUUGUGUGUGCAUCAUGAGAAACCUCUCAUACCACGUCCACAAAGAAGUCCCGGGGGCGGACAAGUUCCAGGAACUAGAAGCCAACCAGCUUGGAGGCCUGGGAGGGACUCAAAAGAAGAAGAAAGACGAUGCAGGCUGCUUUGGUGGGAAGAAGGCCAAAGGAAAGAAGAACGGGGAUGUGGACAGAAACUUUGAUACACUGGAUUUGCCUAAGCGGUCUGAAUCAGCAAAAGGCUUUGAAUUGCUCUACCAGCCAGAGGUGGUGAGGCUUUAUCUGUCCAUCCUCACGGAAAGUCAGAAUUUCAACACCCUGGAAGCAGCGGCUGGUGCUUUGCAGAACCUCAGCGCUGGAAACUGGACAUGGUCGACGUACAUCCGGGCAACGGUGAGAAAGGAGAGGGGUCUACCGGUCCUUGUGGAGCUCCUCCAGUCGGAUUCUGACAAGGUGGUGAGAGCUGUGUCCAUCGCCCUGCGGAAUCUCUCCAUGGACCGUCGCAACAAGGACCUCAUAGGUAGCUAUGCCAUGGGUGAGCUGGUAAGAAAUUUGCCUAGCAGGCAGCAGCGGUCCUCGAAAAACCUGGAGGAGGACACCGUGGUAGCGGUGCUGAACACCAUCCACGAAAUCAUUACCGACAGCUCCGAAAACGCCAGGUCCCUGAUCCAAACGCAAGGCAUUCAGAAGCUGGUUGCAAUCAGCAAGUCAAGCCAGUCCUCCAGGGAAACAAAGGCAGCUUCUCAUGUUCUUCAGAUGACCUGGAGUUACAAAGAGCUACGGAACAUUUUGCAGAAGGAAGGCUGGAAUAAAUCCCAUUUCCAGUCUGCAUCUGCUACUCCGAAGGGAUCCAAAGGUACCUCUUGCAAAUCCGGCUAUGAUGACAGCACUCUGCCUCUUGUGGAUAAAAGUCAAGAUAAUGAGAAGUCUGGAAGUCGGGAUAUGAUUCCUAUGGAUGAACUUGGGCCAGACGGCUACUCCACCAUCGAUCACCGGGACAAGGAGCGGAAAUACAAGGCCAAUGACAACAUGGGGGAUGCAUCAGAGAAAGAACCACUGAAGGGCUAAAGUCCAGCUGCUUGUUUUAUUAUUAUGAGUACGAUUAUUAUUAUUUUCCUCAACUAAACGAAGAAUCAACACACUGGAUCUCAUUAACCAUCACUGCCAUUCAGAUUCAGAGGGCCGUGGCGUUUGCAUCGAUGGAGGGCUGCAGAAUUCUGUGAGGGCAGGUGCCGGGUGCCGGACCAUCAGCCAAUCCUGGAGCAGCAUGCCUUACAGCAGGGACCUUUCUUGCUUUUUAAGAACCAAUCACAUUCCCCCUCAGCGUCUCCCUGCCCUCUCACCUUCCUGCAGGAAAAGGCGGGAUUAAAAAAAAAAAAAGCCAAGCUUGCGUCGAACAGAUUCGGUUCUUAGCUGACUCUUCUUUGUGGAUGGUGCCAAGUUAGGAGAUGAAGGUCAUGAGAUGGGGAAGAGAGAGAGAGAGAGAGAAAAAGAUUUCACAUGCGAAAGAAGAACUACCGAAUAUUCAAAGUAUAUCUUAGGUAUAGUCAUUUUAAAAAUAGCACUUUUUUCUUCCUUUUUUCUUUCUUUUUGAACUGUGAAUUUUUAAAGAAAAGAAUUAGCUUCUUCCUUUUUUUUUUGGUGGCCUAUUGAAGUUUUAUGCUUUGAUCCAUGGGAAAUGUGGAAUUGUUGAGCUGAGUUUGAAGGAUUUUGAUGAAAGGAGAAAAAGGAGAAGAAAAAAAAAAACGUUGGUUGACUGGCUUGGAAAAUUGGAAGCCGAAAUUGACGUGGGCUGUAUAAGUAGCUUUUAAAGUAAACGAUAUCACACUGUGCUCUCUAUAGUAUCGUUGGUGUACAAUUCAUCUGCCUUUUGACUUCUGUAAUGGCGCUGUUUAUACUUCCCAAACAUAUAAACAGUUUGUUCGAGGUUUUGCUGUCCUCAUUCCAAAAAAAGAAAAAAGAAAAAAAAAGAAACAAACAAUUUCAACUCAAUAUGGUUGACUUUCUGUUAUUGCUGAUGUUCAUCGAGAAUCCUUCUUGAUUUCCAACUUUUCGAUGUUGGGUUGACGGCAGUUUGAUUUCAGCAUCAUGGGCAGGUUUUCUCUCCCUGCCGUAGAUAGCAUUCAGGACUUUUGAUUAAGGUGGAAUCUUUCCUGUGAGGAAGAUGUGCUUAGGAUGCAUCAGAAAUGUCACGCCAAUCUGUUAUUUUUGCUGGUUAAAAAAAUUAUAAUCGCCCAUUGCUGGAUUCCAUCUAUGAUUUUUUGUUAUGCUGUUAAAAGACUGCUUCAAAGGGAACUGUAAAGUUUUUUUUUUUCCUUAAAGGCACUCAUCUGUGGAUAAUUUAGAGUGUAACCCUAUACCCACUUACCUGGGAGUAAGCCCCAUUGAACUCAGUGGGACAAUGUCUGAGUAAACAUACCUAGGAUUGUGCUGUUAGUCUGUAAUUAGGGUUGUACACUUAAGGAAUAAUGACAUCCUAUUUAUGUGCAAAGCCUUAUUGAAGAUCUCUUUGUCAUGUGGGUUGGGGUAAGAUGUUUGCCAUAGGUGCAUAUAACCAUAUUCCUGUCCCCAUAUACUGUGUACAGUGAUGCUUUGUGCUUUAACCACAUUAAUUUCUUCGGGGUUUGGUCCGUUGUAGACAAUGAAUGAAUGAAUGAAAGCAGGAAUCUAAAUUUCUAAUUCAACUUACAUUUGCCUUCCCUCUCUCUCUCUCUCUCUCUUUAUUUCUCUUGCUCUUUCUUCUUGUGGUUGCUACAAUUAGUUGGUUACCAUAUUCACUUAAAAUGGUGUGAUUGGAAAGGACAUUUCUUUUGUUUAAAAUCCAGCAACUUUAAUUUUUGGGAUCUCAGUGCCUGCUGUUUUCCUUUGUAAUUUAAAAUGAAAUGGGGUGGGGCAGGGUGGGGAGAGAAUAAAAUAAAACAAACAAAAUUACUGUAUUAGUUAUAAACAUUUAACUCUUUUUGUAAAAAAAAAAAUUAAAUCAAAAAUCCAUUUAAAAAAAAAAGGGUGUGGGAGGAGUAAAGGAAAAGCAAGCAUCAAGAGCUUUGUAUCUUCUGGAAUAUAAAGAAAAUAAAAUUUGACAUGAAUUACAUAUAUAAAUAUAUAUCUAUAUCUAUAUAUUGUUGUGCAGAAAAUAGGUUGCCAAAACUAUGUAAGUAACGUUUGUAGCAGGAAAGCGUUUUGCAUUGAUUCAGGGAAUGACCGGUGCAAUUUGGCAGUUUGAAUGGUUCAGACACAAGCAUAUAGAAACACCCGUCCCAUUUUCCCCAACCCAGCUCAAGUCAUUCUCCUGGGGUUACCUCUGGGUCUUUAAGAAAGCAGAGGAACUUGGGAACAAAGUCGGAAUGCGACGACCUAUAGGAGGGAGGUCCAAGCUGGCCAAAGAUCUCUGAUUGGCCGAAAGAGAAACAAACCCCAAGGCAGGUAGAUCUACCUGGAUUCUAACUGGAACCUUCCUUUACACCUGUGGUCUCAACUGUGAAGAGUUGAAACCGGAUCAAGAUUUCUCUAACCAUGGUGCUCUUUUCAUACUUCUACUGCUGAUACGUGGAGACCCUUUUAACCGGGCUGUACAUUUUUAUACCAUCUUUAAGAAUCUUGUGUAACUCUUUUUUUUUGUAUACAAAGGGAAUCUCGUUUUGCUUUGUUUAAAAAAACAACCCCCCCCCUAUCGUCUGCAAGCUGUAGCAAUUUACGUCUGCUCUGUAGUUGAUGUGUCAGAGAAUGGACUCUGUUAUUCUGGCUUUGAUUGAUGCCCCGGUCCUUUAAUCUGUGUUGUUUACCAAAGGACUGGGUAAAUAGAAACACCACUAGAGAUAAAUAACAACAGAAAGCAUUUCAUCUGGUUCAGUAGUGUUAUCGACGAACAUGUGGCAACUCUUUUCCACUGACCAUCCUGUGGCUCUUGUCCCUUUGAAUAUUAUGAGGCAGGGAGAAACCCUGUCUGAGGUCUAAAUGUACCAAAGACCAAGUGCCAUGGGGAGAUUAAUAGGUGGGGGGGAGAGGGGGGAGAUGAC